UAUGGCUGCGCCCAUGCGGAUUAUUUUUAAUAAUAGUGAUACUUUUGUGAAAGGUAUUUUGAAGUUUGAUGUUGGAAAACUUGCUCCUACAUUUUUCGCAAAUCCUUCUACAGUAUCAUAUAAUGAACGCAGAAUUUCUACUAAGAAGUUUGAUUCUUAUCAAUAUUGUCAAGAAGUAGUUCGGAAAUAUGAUUAUGAGAAUUAUUUAUGCACAUUGCUUUUGUCAGAACCAGUUAAAUCAGCUGCAUUUGCUGUUAGAGCUUUUAAUGUUGAAAUAGCACAGGUCAGAGAUUCUGUAUCCACUUCCACAAUCGGAGAGAUGAGAAUGAAAUUUUGGAAAGAUGCCUUAGAUAAAACAUAUAAUAAUAAUCCUCCUGAACAACCUGUAAUUCAAGAAUUAGCCAAAGUUAUAAAUCGUGUCAAAUUAUCAAAGUCUUGGCUUCUUCGUCUAAUAGCUAGUCGUGAAAGUCUCUUAACUGAUAAACCAUUUGUAUCUGUGAAGGAUCUUGAAAAUUAUUGUGACCAAGCUGUUGUAUCCAUAUAUUAUUUAAUUUUACAAGCUUCAGGUAUAUCUGAUGUACACUGCGAUCAUGCAGCAAGUCACAUUGGAAAAUCACAAGGGAUUGGCAACUUUUUAAGAGGAAUUCCAUUCAAUGCAUCAAGAGGUCGAUUGUUUCUACCGCUAGAAAUAAUGAGCAAACACAAAAUAUCACAAGAGAUGCUAUUUCAUGCGGAUCAGAAAAAGAAACUACAAGAUGCAGUCUUUGAACUUUCUACAGUUGCACAUCAGCAUUUAAAAUUAGCAAGAAAAUUAAGUCCAGAUUUACCAAAGCAAGUGAAACGAAUCUUUUUACCAGCGGUUGCUACGGAAACCUAUCUGAAAACAUUGGAAGAAACAGAUUUUGAUGUGUUCCACCCAAAAAAUCAAAGAAGAAAUAAUUUAUUAGCAUUUCAUCUAUGGCUUCAUAAAUUGAGAAACACUUAUUAGUCGGCUAAAAAUGUUAAAGAAAGGGGUUUAAAAUGUAGACAGAAACUGGAAUUUAGCUUUGCGCAUAGAAUAUUAAUUCGAUUUUUAACUUAUUUGUAAAUAUUGUUUUAUUUCAUUGUAAAUAAUUAUUAUACAGGUUAAUAAAA